CUAAUUUGCAUAAAUUAUAACUUUAAAAUCAGUCUGAUUAUUUGAAUUUCUAAAAGUACAUAUCAAACACAAAUAUCUAUUUUACGGACAACAAAUAAAGUUUCAUUUGCCGAUUACCACUUUUCAACCAAGCUUGCAGGAACACUUUUUAAAAUAAUAUUUAAACUGUAACAAAAGUAGCGCGCGUGUUAAUAAUAAAAGUUUAAAAUAGCAGAGGGAUAAUUAAAAGAAGAAACAAAAUUUUGUUAAAAGUUCGCGACUUACCUAAGAAGUCCUUCAUAUUGCAGGAAGGGACUCUUUUUUAAAAAAAUCUAGAAGAAUGGAUCAAGCUUCGCAAUGUGGACUCUGCGGCUUCUUUCCCAAAUGGCUGCAAACUCGAGCAACAGCAAAAGUAUUUAUUUUGGUUUACGGUCUUCUUGGAACCAUCCAAAGCAUGGCCCAUGUUUAUAUUAAUAUCACUUUAACCACUAUUGAGAAAAGGUUCAAAAUUCCAAGUAGAACGACAGGAAUAAUUCUUUCGGGGAAUGAUAUAGCACAUAUUUUAUCAAUUUUUUUAACAUAUUAUGGAGGCUCCGGUAAUCGGCCAAGAUGGAUUGCAAUAGGAGUUGGGCUAAGUGCAGCAUCUUGCAUAGUUUUAGCUCUUCCACAUUUUAUUUAUGGAUCUGGAAAGGAUGCUUUGGCCUUAACACAAGAAUACCUAGAUCAGAAUUUGCUCAAUGUAACGGAGAAUGAAGAUCUCCCAAUAUGUUUUGGAAACCAACAGAAUUCUAUUUGCGAUCUUGAAUCUUUACAAGAUAUGAGUAUCCUCCCGAGGAUGCUCGUUUUUUUAUCUCAGGUCAUUUUAGGAUUUGGUACAACUCUUUAUUUUGGAUUAGGACAAGCAUACAUGGAUGACAAUACCAAAAAGAAAAACACCCCCAUGUUAUUGGGACUUUUAUUCGCUCUCAGGACAUCGGGAACAUUCGGAGGAUUUAUUUUAGGAUUUAGUUGCUUAAAUUUGUACAUUGAUCCCACUUUACAUCCCGUUAUUAGUAAAGAUGAUCCACGAUGGUUAGGAGCAUGGUGGCUUGGUUGGAUCAUUCUUGGCACAACAAUGGGAGCUCUUGCAUUUUUCAUUGCCAUGUUCCCACGUAAUUUGCCGAAACAAACCAAAUCUAUUACAAAGGGAGGUGAGGAACCCUUGAAAUGUGAAUUACCUCAGCAAAAAAAUCAGAACAGCAAGGAAACCACAAACUCAUACGAAAAAAACAAGGAAAUGGAAUACAAACCCUCGAUGAAAGAUUUUAUAAUAACUAUGAAACGCUUGCUGAUGAAUCCAAUUUUGGCUUUUAAUAAUUUAAGUUCAAUUUUUUUUAUUCUUGGUGCAGCAGGUCAUUUUACGUUCAUGUCUAAGUAUGUGGAAGUAGUGUUUGGUGUAUCAGCAGCAGAUAACUCUAUGAUAUCAGGGCCUAUCAGUAUAGCUGGUAUGAUAAUUGGCUUCAUAGUAUCUGGAGCAGUAAUUAGCAAAUUCAAACCUGGUGCAGGCAUCAUACUGUUUUGGAAUAUCAUUAUUGGCUUUCUGAAAGUUUUCGGUGAUGUCGCCUUUAUAUUUUUGGGCUGUGAUGGUACACCAAUUCAAGGCAUUGAUUAUAAUUCGAUGGAAGUGAAUCUGCUUUUCCCAUGUAAUGCAAAUUGUCACUGCGAAGGUGUUAAAUAUUUUCCAGUUUGUCAUAAACCAACAAUGACAACAUUUUUUUCUGCUUGUCAUGCUGGAUGUAACACAGUUCUUCCAACGGGGGGAUUUGGAAAUUGUAGUUGCAUCACUGAUCAAAUUUAUAUGGAGAAUUCCUCCUACGCAUCAAGUGUCAGUAUUUCUCCCAUAAUUGAUAAAGAAUUUUAUGACAUAACAAAUAUAAUUGAUGAAGUCAUCACAGGAGCAUGCAGGAUUGACUGUAAAGUACCCUACAUGACAUUGACAAUCAUCAUGUGCAUCACUAGGCUGUUCGCAUGUUCGGGAAGAAUUGGAAAUAUUUUAGUUAAUUAUAGAUGUGUUGAAGACAGAGAUAAGGCAUUAGCUCAGGGUAUAACUAUGAUGGUGCUAUCGAUUUUUGCAUUCAUUCCUGGUCCAAUUAUCUAUGGUGCAUUGAUAGACUCCACUUGUCUUGUAUGGAAUGAUGCAUGUGGCACCAAAGGAAAUUGUUGGGUUCAUGAGCCAGAAACGUUUCGAAACUACCUCAACAUCACAGCAAUUUGUUUUGCGAUGCUGGGAGUCAUAUUUGAUGUGGCAAUGUGGCAUGUAGGUAAAAAUGUUGAGCUUUAUGGAGAAGAGGAAGAAGACACGAAUAAGGAUUUUAUAAAUUCUUUGCCGUUAGAAAAAUCAGAAAAAUCAAAAGACAAAAAGCAUGAGAAUAUCACAGAAGAAAAUAAUGAUGAUAAAAAAUAAAACACGUAAAGGGUCUAGUAAUUAUGUACGUAAAUAAAGACAAUUUGAAAU